AUGAAGUAAUAGAAAAACAAAUAUAACAAUUUAGAAGAUUUUUUAAGCUCUCCACUUUUAUCUCAUACCAUUCUUGACAUAGAUUUAAGUGAAUCACUAAUUAAUGAAGAGCUUGUAUAUGAUUUAGGGUGUGCUUUAGAAAAAUGCUCACAACUAUCUUCAUUAGAACUCUACCUCUUCAACAAUUGUAUUGGCGAUAAAGGUACAGCAUAUUUAGGUUCUUCAUUAGAAAAGUGUAUUAAUCUAUAAAGCUUGACACUCUACCUAGGCAAUAAUUUAAUAGGAGAUGAAGGAGCUAUUAACUUAGGCACUUCAUUUGAAUAUUGUAGUAAUCUCUAAAAUUUGGUACUUUUUAUUAAAUGGAAUGAAAUCAGUGCUGAUGGGGCAUUAUAAUUAGUCGAUAGUUUAUCAAAUUGUGCUAAUCUCUAAACAUUGAUACUUGAUCUUUAAGGUAAUUAUCAUGCUUAUAGAUCACAGUUUAAAUUUAGAACUAGAAUUCUUAAAGCACAAAGAUUAGUUAUGAAAAAAAUAUAUGCUUGA